GUCACAACGAGCUUCAAAAGACGGUCACGCGGUCCGCCGCCUGCAGGUCCCGCCCCCUUGCUCGUCUCCUGGGCAACGCGCGGAGCUCCGCCUUUGACUUCAGUGUAGCUAGGUAGUCGCUGCCACGCGCCCUCCCUCCGUCCAUUCCCGGGGCGUUCUCCCGCAUGUCAGAUUCCUCCACACAGCCCAGAAGACCUUCGGUUAAAUGGGACCUGGGCUCGGAUUACGAGGACGUUGCCGGGGAGACCACCGGCUCUGGCACGGACUUCCGGCGCGAGAGACUUGACAGCCAGCCGGAUGUUGGCUCCCGCUUGUCACCGCAGAUCUUCUUCCUGCGGCCGCGGCCCCCAAUCCGGAAGCUGUUGUUCAGCUUAAUGAACGCUAAUGACGCAAGCGUGAAGAAACUUCUACCCAGGAGCCAUUUGUCUCGGGUGAUUAUUCGGGACAACCUCAAUGCACAGCGCAUCUACGAGAUGGAGAUGAGAGCUUCGGACAAAACCAAGAGAAAGAUGAGUGACUUGUACGACCACCUGAAAAAAAAGUUCGUGACAGACCAGCUGAGGAAGAUGCUGCGCUGGAGGCGGGAAUCCCUGAGCACCCAGCAGUACUUAGACAGGGAGCGGACCUGAAGGGGCUGGACUUAGAUGGCGAGCCAGACACCUUCACUGGGGCAGAAU